ACUGCUCGGGACGACGACGUACACGGCAGCGUCGUUCCGAUCACGACGACGACGACGACGACGACGACGGUGGCGGCGACGGCGAGAAUCACGAUCACGGUUACGAGAACGACACGCCGAUCCGUUCGAUAUCCAGCGCAUCCCCUUCGGGACUGAUAAUUCUGUGCUUUCUGUCACGUAAAGCCGACUCUGCACCCCGUCUUCGUUGCCGGUCUCCUUACCUUGACUUGAUCACUUGCGCCAACAACUGGUCCCACGUACUAUGAGGUAGUCGCGGUUGCUACUUCUUGGAUUCCUGAAGGAUUUGGGAGAGCUGCUCAGCAAAGUCGCGAGGAACUUGCUCGUGAAGGACCGUGCUGAUCCCCGUGAUCGGUGCCGGUGCCGUGGGUGCAGGUGGAAGACGAGAGGGGAGGGUGGAAACGAAGAAACCAGGCAGACAGGGAAGCAGCGGGCUCGGUGAGUUGGGUGAAAAUCGAUGGCCAUCAGCGCCCAUGGGCGGCCUCGCGUUUAGGACAAGGAAUAGCCCCUCCCAGAAGACCUCGCUCCGGUGGGGUGACUGCUGCCCCCCAAACCCCAACCCAGCGUCGUCGUCGGCCGCCUGGAAGCACCGUCAUCAGGACAUGCCACCGGUGCCCGUGUGAGGCUGCCCCCCGCUGUUGCGUGAUUGUACCUCGCGGGGAUUUCAAAGAUAUCCGGACGAUCCUAAAGCGGAUCAACCGCCGAACUUUUCGGACCUACGUCUCCGUCAGCUCGAGCUCGCGCCGGUGGACCUCUACUCCCCGAAGAUGAUUAACAUUGCCGGGGUGGUUUCGAUCGUUCUAUUCUAUCUGUUGAUCCUGGGUGUGGGAAUAUGGGCGGCCAGGAAAAAGGAAGCGGGCAACGACUCCGAGGAGGAGGUUAUGCUAGCCGGUCGUUCGAUCGGGCUCUUCGUCGGGAUAUUCACGAUGACGGCGACCUGGGUUGGUGGUGGUUACAUCAACGGCACCGCCGAGGCAAUUUACACGAAGGGCCUAAUUUGGUGUCAGGCGCCCUUUGGAUAUGCCCUCAGUCUCGUUUUCGGUGGUAUUUUCUUCGCGAACAAGAUGCGACAGCAGGGGUACGUCACGAUGUUGGAUCCGCUUCAAGACGCGUUCGGGGAGCGGAUGGGCGGCCUCCUCUUUCUACCUGCCCUUUGCGGCGAGGUCUUCUGGGCGGCGGGCAUCCUCGCGGCCCUUGGCGCAACGUUAGCGGUCAUCAUCGACAUGGACCAAGGCACCUCCGUCAUUCUGAGUGCUUGCAUCGCGGUUUUCUACACCCUCUUCGGCGGUCUCUACUCCGUCGCUUACACCGACGUCAUUCAGCUCUUUUGCAUAUUCAUCGGUCUGUGGAUGUGCAUCCCGUUCGCUUGGACAAAUCCGAAGGUAGAGUCCCUUAGUUCCAUGGACGUUGAUUGGAUCGGCAAAGUACAACCCGAAGAGUAUUGGUUUUAUUUGGAUUAUGGUUUACUUUUGAUAUUCGGUGGUAUACCUUGGCAAGUGUACUUCCAACGCGUCCUCUCCUCGAAAACUGCGGGGAGAGCUCAAAUAUUGAGUUACGUCGCCGCUGCAGGCUGCAUCCUCAUGGCCAUUCCUCCCGUUCUCAUUGGAGCGAUUGCCAAAGCAACUCCUUGGAACGAGACGGAAUACACUGGUCCUUAUCCUUUCACGGAGGCGGAAACCAGCAUGAUUCUGCCGUUGGUCCUGCAACAUCUGACACCGAACUUCGUUUCCUUCUUCGGAUUAGGAGCGGUAUCGGCGGCGGUGAUGUCUUCUGCGGACAGCAGCAUCCUCUCUGCUAGUUCGAUGUUUGCUAGAAACGUUUACAAAUUGAUCUUCCGUCAGCGGGCGUCGGAGAUGGAGAUCAUCUGGGUGAUGCGGGCGGGGAUUGGCGUGGUCGGUGUGUUGAGCACCGUGAUGGCACUCACGAUACCGUCGAUCUACGGCCUCUGGUCGAUGUGCUCGGACCUGGUCUACGUGAUCCUGUUCCCGCAGCUGCUGAUGGUGGUGCAUUUCAAGGACUACUGCAACACCUACGGCAGCCUGUCAGCGUAUAUAAUCGCCUUCCUGGUGCGCAUCAGCGGCGGCGAGCCGAUGAUGGGUCUGCCGGCGCUGAUUCACUAUCCGGGAUACGACGAGGAGUCGCAGACGCAGAUGUUCCCGUUCAGAACGUUGGCGAUGCUGCUGUCGCUGAUCACUCUGGUGGGUGUGUCGUAUGGCACGCAGGUCGCCUUCCUGACCGGUCGACUCGCGCCGGGCUACGACGUCUUUAGGUGCGUAGUGAACAUUCCGGAAGACGUCGAGCGGGUGGGCCCGGACCCGGCCGAGGGCGAGCAAAUGGCGGUCCUAGCUGCGGGCGUCGGCAGGCUCUACGGCAGCAAGGACGAAUCGAACGGCCGAGUGAAUCCUGCGCUCGAGCCGGACUACGACAUGGAGCCGGGAUGUACGAUGGUCGGCGGUGCCCCGGACGGCGUCGUCGGCGGCGGCGGUGGCGGCGGCACCGGGGGUCACCUGGUGCCGCACGUGCCUGGUGGUGCGUCUCGACAGCCGCAAUCCAGCACCGCGUUCUAAGUCCUGGUUCCGUGAUCGGAUGCUGUGACCAACAAUAAGUGCGGCGGUGCGGGUCUCUGUCUUUCGUUCCUCUUCCCCUCAGCUUCCCUUUCCAAUUGUCUCCUCUUCUUCUAUUUUCAUUCACAAAGUUUCGUUUUGGUUUCCUUCGAACUCUGUUUUCUUAUUAGACUCUUUUCGGUGAUUUUUAGGUUGAAACUGAUUAGUUACUUAGGAGUUUUCUCGAUAAGAUUCUGACGAGUGCAAUCGGAGAUUGCUUUUGUGUCGAAAAGUUUUA